AUGGCUGAAGCAAUACGAGAAACAAUUCUCUGUCAAUAUUGUAAUACUCUGAUUAACUUUCAAGAUUGGACUGAACAUUCAGAACAAUGUACUAAUGCACAUAAAUGUCGAGUCGAAAAUUUAAAAAAUGGUAUUGACAAUGAACCAAUUAAUAUUUUAGUUCCAUGUGAAUAUUGCAAUAAGCAAGUCAAUGCACAUGAUCUUGAAUGGCAUACAAGACAAUGUGCUGAUAAAUAUCAGCGUCAAAUUCAAAAAUUACAGAACAAUGAAACAACGCUCGUUCCAUGUGAAUACUGCAAUGCUCAAGUUAACGCACUAGAAUGGGAAUUGCAUACGAAAAGAUGUCGACAUAAGCAAUCCUUGUCAGCUUUUCAACCGAAUGCUCUACAUGAUGAAGUAUUUGGCACCAUCUAUUCUUUACCAAAACAUUGGGAUCUUUCAGCAUUAAAUAAUCUUACUCGUUAUAUUCUUGAUCCUGAAACAGAAGAAUACAAAUUCGUUGCAAAUAAUUUUCACCAAACAUUACCAUUGAAUCAAAUUGUUCAAAUUGAACGAAUUCAAAAUCGGCGUUGGUAUCGUCAAUAUGAUGCUCAUAAAGAGGAUUUUAUUGAGCGAUAUGGUAAAAGUACAGAAAGAUGGUUAUUUCAUGGAUGUCGUGAAUCAAGAUCAGCUGAAGCAAUUAUUCGUGAUUGUUUCAAUCGCAGUCAUGCUGUUAAUUGUGCUGUUGGUCAAGGAAUCUACUUUGCGACACAGGCUAUGAUCAGUCAUGGUUAUACUCAGCCUGAUGCAAAUAGACUCAGACAUAUGUUCAUGGCUCGUGUGUUAGUCGGAAGAACAACUGUAGGAAGUUCAUCCACGCGUAUUUGCCCUCCAGGUUUUGAUACGACAGGUGGAGGAAAUGUUUUUGUAACUUAUCAUGAUGCUCAAGCUUAUGGAGAAUAUUUAAUAGUCUACAAAUGA